AUUAGGUAUUAUGCUAGGCGCUGUUCGGACAGGGCUGGAUGAAACGGUUGUAUUCUCACCCGCCAAAGGUAGAGCUUCCGUCGCGUUCUCUCUCCAGAAUAUAAACCACCAACUGGCAGAGUGGGCGGAGCCUGAGGAGCCCUGCGCGCGCACCCCCGCUGCGGGUCAGGUGACUGCUCCCUGGCAACGGCUUGUUGCUAGCAACCGGGCGGUGGUCCGGCGGUGGUCCUUGCCGAGCUGCCUGCGGCGGGAGGCACCUGCCAUGAAUCCGCCGGGGUCCCUGGGGAUUCUGGAGGAGAAGGAGGAGGAACACUUGUCCACCCCGAUUCUCGGGCCGUCCAUACACUCUGACAACCCUCAGGAGCGGAUCCAGGCCCGGCGCCUCCGCAUCGCGGCGCGCCUGGAAGCCCGGAGGCGGGAAGCACUUGGAGACUAUUUAGACGGAAAGAAAGAGAGUGAGGAAGAUCAAAGCAAGAGCUACAAGCAGAAAGAAGAAAGCAGACUGAAAUUGGCUAAACUGUUGCUCUGUGGCACUGAGUUGGUGACAAAUAUCCAGGUAGCUACAGAUAUUAGAGAGAUCCACAGGAGAGUGGAAGAAGAGGAGAUAAAGCGUCAGAGACUUGAAAAGCUGGAGAACGAAGUCAAGACGAGCCAGGACAAAUUUGAUGAAAUCACUGUGAAGUGGGAGCAAGGCAAAAAGAAGCGAAUCCCCCAGGACCUGUGGGACAUACUCAACACCCAGCAGGCGCACUGCGCUGGGCUGAUAGAAGACAAGAACAAGCUUAUCAGCGAGUUGCAGCAGGAGUUAAAAACAAAAGAUGACCAGUAUGUGAAGGAUUUGAAGAAACAGUCAGAUGACAUCUGCCUGCUCCUAGAGAGGAUGGAAGACCAAGUGAAGAACGUGAUGACAACUUUCCGCCAAGAGCUCAAUUACAUUGAGAAAGCAUUUGAGAUGGAGCGACAAGAGCUGCUGACCAGUAAUAAGAAGAUCUGGGAGCGGGCCCUGCAGGCUCACAAAGCCAAAGAGCUAGAGUAUCUUCUGAACCGCAUCAAGAAGGCAGAGGACUACGAGAAGCAACUGAACAAGCAGCGGGUGUGGGACAGUGAGGAGUACAACAAGAUCAAGAUCAAGUUGGAGCAGGACGUGCAGAUUCUUGAGCAGCAGCUCCAGCAGAUGAAAGCAACUUACCAGCUAAACCAAGAGAAGUUGGAGUACAACUUCCAAGUGCUGAAGAAGAGAGAUGAAGAGAGCACGGUGAUUAAGUCCCAACAGAAAAGGAAAAUCAAUCGCCUGCAUGAUGUACUUAACAAUCUGAGAGCAAAAUACACCAAGCAGAUCAGGCAGUUUCAGGAGGAGAACCAGUCACUAACCUCGGACUACAAACGCCUUGUGACGCAGUUCAAGGAGCUACAGAAAGCCAUGAGGCAUUUUGCUCUCAUUGAUGACAAGCGGUUUCGAGAGAUUUGGCUGAUGAAUGAAGAGGAGGCAAAGGAUCUGAUAAGCAGAGCCUUCGAUGUGGAUAGGAUCAUCCACACCCAACAUCUGGGGCUCCCCUGGACGGCACCUGACUUCUGGUUCCUGGGGAACGUGGGACCUAUAUCUCAGCAGCAGCAGAGGUCUGCAACACAGAUUUUAGAGGAAGUGCUGAUGCAAACAGAAGAGGAGGGGACAGAAGAGGCCACCUCAGAAGCAGAGUCCUACCUCGACCUGCCAAAGCAAAUUUCCAUGAAAACGACCAGGAAGAUCCUGAUGCUUCUGUGUGACGAGUCGGGUUUCCUCAUAGAGAGCAAGCUGCUGAGCCUUCUCCGUCCCCUGGAGAAGAGCGAGUCCUAUCUGCUGAAGUUGGACGCCAUCUUCUCAGCCCUUGGAAUUGAAAGUGAGGACGACUUGUAUAAACUGGUGAACUUCUUCCUCAAAUACCGAGUUUAUCAUUUACACUCCAGUCAGGAGCAAACAAGCCUGACGUUGGCCCUGGACCCAGGAGAGCAGACACACCUCGAGAGACAGCAUGAGGGAAGCCUUGUGGGAGGGGAGCCAGAAGAGAAGGAGGACCCCCCUUCUUCCACGCUCAUCCACCCCAACGAAGUCCUCAAGGUUCUGGAGGCCUUUGUCAUGGGUCUGAGGAAGCCCAGUCAUUCACUGGGGUCUGCACUGUGUCAGGCCCGUGGAGAUUGGAACCUUGUGAUCGGAACCAUGGUCAGAGCCCACACCCGGGACUCUCCGGCACCAGUGAAGCUGGUGAAGUUCAUGCGAGAUAACUCGAACGACUCUGCAUAUUGGGAGGCCCUGGCCACGGUUAUCCCUCCCGCCACGCAGAACCUCUGGGACGCUUUGUACACAGCCUUGGAGAAAUACCACCUCGUCCUGACCCAGAGGGCCAAGCUGCUGAUGGAAAACCUCGCCCUGGAGCAGCAGAACACGGAGCUCCAGAGGCUGCUCCAGCAGUACCUAGAUUCCAAGAUCAACUCUGAAUUGCAUGUCCCACCAACUCAGGUGUUACGGGCGCCCACAAAAUAGAGCUGGGCGUCCACCGGCUGCUGUGCUGAGGUGUGUGCUGGCACCGGGGCUGGCAUGGUCCACCCGGGGAGCCACUGGGGAUGACUCUGGGCUCGCCAGAGCUCUGUGACGGGGCCUGCGGAAAUAAGGCCACGGGAGGGUUACCUGUACCCUUCGGUCAUGAUUAAAGUCUUUAAAAAGUC